AUGGCCAGCUUCAUGUCCAAUUUCUUCCAGUCCGGUCGCGACAAGGCGGCCCAGGAGAUCGCCCGCCCCGUGACGCCCAGCAAAAACACAAACAACAACUUCCUCAACCCGCUCAACACCCCGCAGGGAAGCCCCAGCAAGAAGACACACCCGCCCGGCGCCCACGACUUGCCCACGGCCUUUGACAGUCCCAUGUCCCUCAAUACGGGCGAGGUAGACACGCCUGUCCGUCUUUCGCGUCCUCAGACCGUCGUCACCCCGCUCUCCCCAGCUAGGACCAACGCCCAACCCUUUGACGAAAGUAGCCUUGUCGCCGAUGAUAGUGUCUUGCACAAGGGACCGACGCCAGGCAGUCCUCUCCGGAAGCAGGGUCAGGAGAAUACCCCUCCGGUUCAACACAUGACACAUGCGGCGCUCUCGCGCCACCAGGCGUAUGAGGGCAAGGAGCGCCCUCUUACACCGGUUACCAAAAAGUUCAACACAUCGCGCGGCUUGACUGUCGAGGAACAUUUUCUCGACUACUAUUUUGAUCUUCUCACUUAUGUCGGUUCACGGCAGAAUCGUCUCGCCGCUUUCAACACCGAGUUCCCUGCACCCCCGGCGACCGAUGAUGCUGUUUUCAACCAGAUGUGGAGCAAAUAUGCCGGCCGCGAGCGUGCCAACCUUCGCAAACGCAGGGUCCGUCUUCGCCAGGGCGACUUUCAGAUCCUAACCCAGGUCGGCCAGGGUGGCUACGGCCAGGUAUUCCUAGCCCAGAAAAAAGACACGCGCGAAGUGUGCGCGCUCAAAGUCAUGAGCAAGAAGCUGCUGUUUAAGCUCGACGAGGUCCGUCACGUCCUCACCGAGCGUGAUAUUCUUACUACAGCAUCAAGCGAAUGGCUUGUGCGACUGCUCUACUCUUUCCAAGACGACAAGAGUAUCUAUCUUGCCAUGGAAUACGUCCCGGGCGGCGACUUCCGCACUCUACUUAACAAUACGGGUGUUUUGUCCAACCGCCAUGCCCGAUUUUAUAUUGCCGAAAUGUUCUGCUCGAUUGACGCCCUUCACCAACUCGGCUACAUCCACAGAGAUCUGAAGCCGGAAAACUUUUUGAUCGAUUCUAUUGGCCACGUGAAGCUGACCGACUUUGGCCUGGCCGCCGGUUUUCUGGCUCCCUCACGCAUCGAGUCUAUGCGUGUUAAACUGGAGGAGGCGUCCGAGACGUCGGUGCCCUUUGGAAAGCCUAUUGAGCAGCGCACCGUUUCGGAGCGUCGCGAGAGCUACAGAAACAUGCGCGACAACGACGUCAAUUAUGCCAAGUCGAUUGUCGGCUCGCCCGAUUACAUGGCUCCCGAGGUCCUUAGAGGGGAAGAAUAUGACUCGACAGUGGACUACUGGAGUCUGGGAUGCAUGUUGUUUGAGGCUCUGACUGGUUUCCCGCCUUUUGCUGGCGCCACGCCCGAGGAAACGUGGCGCAACUUGAAGCACUGGAAGGACGUGUUGAAGCGUCCUGUCUGGGAGGAUCCCACCUAUUUCCUGAGCAACCGCACAUGGAACUUCAUCACCACCUGCAUUAACUCGCGUGUGAGACGCUUCAACAAUAUUAAGGACAUUUACAACCACCAGUACUUUGCCGAGGUGGACUGGGCAACGUUGCGACAGACACGUGCGCCGUUUGUGCCCGAGCUCGACUCGGAGACGGACGCUGGCUACUUUGACGAUUUCGGUAACGAGGCCGACAUGGCCAAGUACAAGGAGGUGCACGAGAAGCAGCAGGCGCUCGAGACCAUGGCCGACCGCGAUGACGAUAUGAGCAAGAGCCUCUUUGUCGGUUUCACGUUUCGCCAUCGCAAAACUGCACAUGGCGAGGACGGCGGCAGCAGCAGCCCGCGCAAGAGGAUUCCCGUCGACGACGCCUUUGGCACGAUGCUCUAG